AUAUACUUGCCGCUUUGAAAUCGGCAUUAAAAACGAUCGGGAUUUUCACGUGGCUCGCCGCAUUAUUGGUACAAAAGGCGUUAAUAUGAAACGCAUUGUGAAAAUGUCCGACGCAAAGUUGAGGCUGCGAGGGCGAGGAUCGGGCUUCCUUGAAGGGAAUAUGAAGCAGGAGUCGGAUGAACCGCUGCAUCUAUGCAUAUCAUGCGUGGACCCGGUUGG